CGGGGCAACAGACCCCUUGGGCCUCAGUCUGACCCGGGUGCUGCAGCCCGGGGCCUCGGCGGAUGGACAGCGAGGGAGGAGAAUGGCUUCCAUCAGGAAAAUCAGCCGUGCCACCCUCGGGAGCUUUGGGGACUUCAGUGAUGGUUCCUUCGACAUCUCAAAGCUGGGAGAAAUGGAAAACUUGAAAAUGAGCAGAAGUCUCACCAAAGUAGCGCCCGGCCCCGGCCGAUUUCUACAAAGAAACGCAACCGUGGGUGAGAAGCUCUUCCUCUCCAAGGAGGACGCCGACCCCGGGAGCGGGCCGCGGCUCUCCUCCCGCGGGCCGCCCCCCACCGCCUCGAGGCUCAGAGCCAACGCCGUGCUUACGAAGCUGGCCCAGAUAGAAACCAAGAUCAAAAGCCGGAAGGCGCCCACCAGCCCGGCCGACACAGACUCCGACUCGAGGCCCACCCGGGACCAGCUCCCCAGGCCAGCAGAGCUUCCUCCACAGGAUACAGAUAGAACCUUCCAGAAGCAAGGCCGCGAGAGUCCCGGCAGCGGGAGGAGCACGCGGGCUGGGAGCGGCAGUCGGUUUCUGAAGAAGAAGGGCCCACCCGCCGCAGACCCAGCCCCCGAAGCUUGCCCUGGGAGAGAGAGGAAUGUCCAAGUGCCCCGGCCGAAAGAACCUGCUGGAAAGGUUGAUUCCCCCAGCAGCGACGAAGAGGAGAUGGAGGACCUGCUGGGGAGCCUGGCGGAAAGUUCCAGAGAGGAAGCAGCCUACAAGGACCAGGGUUUCACCAGCGGUAACGUCAGGCUGAGGCCGUCCUCCACUGCUUCCUCAGGCACAUUAGCAGGGAGCUGGAUCAGAAUUGAAGCAGCCGGGACUCGAAUUGGCACUGAUAUGCGAUGUUGGCAUUGCAGGAGGGUCGGGCCCCGGCCCCGCCCAGUGCAGAAGUUCCCCAGCUCGAAGUCCUCCAGGCCGUGGCGCCAGCGCACCUCGCAGCCAGCUCGGGGCAGCGGCGGCCAGCCCACGACCCCCUCCCCAGCGACGCCCACUGCGGCCGACACAGCCUCCCGCACUUCAUCCCCUUCCGCCCUGGGUGCCUUCGCCAAGCCCGUGCCUUCCGAGACGGGCCGCUUCGAGCUCGCGUCCUCGGCCAGCAGCGAGGCCGGGCCUGGGCGGGAGUCGCCGUCGGAAGCCUCGGAGGACAGCCACAGUGAUUUCAGAAUCAACGUCUUGUCCCUGGAUGACUUGGGCGGAGCCGUCAGUGAGACGUCCGACGUGCAGGAAGGAGAAGGCGCUCGGAGGGACAAGCCACCGGGCGACCGCGCCCACGCCACGCCGCCUGCAGGGAAGCGGGCAGGGCCACGGCCAAGGGCGUCCGCCUCUCCCGGGAACGCCCCUUCUGCGGAGAGGGGCCGGGACGCGCCCUCCACCACCGCCAGCGAGAUCUCCGAGCACCUGGGCGCCCGCUCGGCCACCGCCAGCCCCGAGGACAGCGCGUCCCGCACGCCGUCGUCUCCCGGAGCCCCUGCGGAGGCUGCGGGGGGCUCGGCUUACUCCGAGGACUUCGAGAGCUCCCCGGGCCCGUCAGCCUCCGAGCCGACUGCCCCUUCCCCGGAGACUGCGGACAGAACCCUGGACAGUCUGUCCGAGCUCUCCUCCAGCCUGCGGACACCCCCGUCCAGGAGGAGGCGGGGCAGGCACGGGCCGAGGGUCGUGGUCAAGGAAACAGCCGUGCAGACCCUGGAUCCCGCGCUGGCCUGCCCGUGGGCGGCGGCCGGCAUGGCGACCAUCGGGCCUUCCCUGGGAGGCGCCUACGCGGACCCGGCACCCAUCGCCAGCCACGUCGUCAGCAUGGACAUGCUAGAAGCCCUGACAGCGCAGCGCCCGGCCGCCCUGGCCCUGGACGAGCUGCUGAGGCAGCAGCUGAGCCUGACGCGGAGCUUCGUGGAGGCCAGCCGGCACCUGCACGCGACCCUCCUGCAGUCCCUGGACAGCCACUCCUUCCACUACCACACCCUGGAGGAAGUCAAAGAGUACAUCAGGCGGCACCGGCCGGCCCGGCUGACCAUGGAGGACGCCCUGCAGGAGGUGAGGGAGGAGCUGUGAGCCCAGAGCAAGCCAGAGGGGACACGCCCACGCCCAGGUGACCUUCGGAGGGGGAGGGGCAGGCAGCGCAGUCUUCGGCAGGUUGUGGCGAGCAGGCAGAGUCCCGGUGGAGCCCUCUCCGCCCUGAGCAGGCCCGGAGCCAGCCUGGAGGAGGAGAGCCCCUGCCGCAUGGCCCCACCUGCACCUGCACCCAGAACCCACCGCCUCCUGACUGCAGCCGAGCCCACCUGGGAUUCCCACACAGAGGAAAGGGCUUUAAAAAAAG